GUGACGCCCUCGCCGCCCUGUUUAUUGUGGGCAGGCGUUUGCAGCAGAGGACUGGAGAGCCGUAUUCAUGGAGUCUCGACACUGUCAUCCUGAGCUGCAUGACUUUAUGAGAUUCAGAGUUUCCGUCCUAACUUCCUAUGUUUGAAAGAGACCCGACUGCAGAUCGCCUUACUGGUGCCUGUGUCUGCAUCUAUGACCAAACCUUCAGAGUGAUUAGCCUACCUUGAGGUCCACCCCAACAUCGGAACAUCGGCAAAGGACCUUUCCAUCCACAAAGCCAGGUUGUGUAGCCAGAUCAGUGGACACAGGACUGGAGUGAGGAUCAAAUGGAUAAUAGCUUCAUCAGCUGAGUCUGGCAAGAGUCCUCAGAGAACAGCCCUGGAAGGCAUCUGGGGGAAUCUUCCCUAAGGAGGGAAAGUAGCUCCACACUAGAGGUGAUGUCAUCGCCUCCCAGAGGGUCAGUGGCAGUGUCCAGAACUCACACAGGAGGAUGCCCCUCUUCUUUCGGAAGCGGAAACCCAGUGAGGAGGCUCGGAAGCGCUUGGAGUACCAGAUGUGUCUGGCAAAAGAAGCUGGGGCAGAUGACAUUCUUGACAUCUCUAAAUGUGAACUCUCUGAGAUUCCAUUUGGGGCUUUUGCAACGUGCAAAGUUCUGCAGAAAAAGGUGUUGAUCGUGCAUACGAACCAUCUCACGUCCCUGCUUCCCAAAUCCUGCAGCCUCUUGAGCCUUGCCACCAUCAAGGUUCUGGAUCUCCAUGACAACCAGCUGACAGCCCUUCCUGAUGACAUGGGGCAACUGACAGCCCUACAGGUACUGAAUGUGGAAAGGAACCAACUGACGCAUCUCCCGCGCUCUGUCGGGAACCUGCUUCAGCUCCAGACCCUCAACGUGAAAGACAACAAGCUGAAGGAGCUUCCUGAGACCCUGGGGGAGCUGCGAAGCUUGCGUACCCUCGACGUCAGUGAAAACGAGGUUCGGAGACUGCCGCUGAUGCUGGCUCACGUGCGGACCCUGGAGACGCUGAGCUUCGAUGCCACAUCCAUGAUCUACCCCCCGCCAGAGGUGUGUGGUGCUGGCACUGCGGCCGUGCAGCAGUUCCUUUGCAAAGAGUCAGGAUUGGAAUACUACCCUCCUUCUCAGUAUCUCCUGCCAGUCCUGGAGCAAGAUGGAGCUGAGAACUCCCAGGACAGCCCUGAUGGAGCCAUAAACAGAUUCUCCAGGGAGGCGGCUGAUUGGCAGAACCGGUUUUCUGAUUACGAGAAGCGAAAGGAGCAGAAGAUGCUGGAGAAGCUGGAGUUUGAGCGGCGCCUGGACCUCGGGCAGCGAGAGCACGCCGAGCUGCUACAGCAGAGCCACAGUCACAAGGACGAGAUCCUUCAGUCAGUCAAGCAGGAGCAGACUCGGUUCGAGCAGGGCCUAAGUGAGCGCCAGCGCUGCCUGGACGCAGAACGGCAGCAGCUGCGGGAGCAGCUGAAGCAGAGCGAGCAGAGCAUCGCCAGCCGCAUCCAGAGACUCCUGCAGGACAAUCAGAGGCAGAAGCAGAGUUCUGAGAUCCUGAAAUCGCUGGAGAAUGAGAGAAUAAGAAUGGAACAGUUGAUGUCCAUAACCCAGGAGGAGACGGAGAACCUGAGGCAACGUGAGAUUGCCUCUGCCAUGCAGCAGAUGCUGACUGAGAGCUGUAAGAGCCGGCUCAUCCAGAUGGCCUAUGAGUCUCAGAGGCAGAGCCUGGUCCAGCAGGCUUGUUCCAGCAUGGCCGAAAUGGACCAGCGGUUCCAGCAGAUUCUCUCAUGGCAGCAGAUGGAUCAGAGCAGAGCUAUCAGCCAGAUCCUUCAGGAGAGUGUGAUGCAGAAGGCUGCAUUCGAGGCUCUCCAGGUGAAGAAAGACCUGGCACAUCGGCAAAUCAGGAACCAGAUUAGGCUAAUAGAAACUGAGUUACUGCAGCUGACACAGCUGGAGUUAAAGAGGAAGUCCCUGGACACAGAGACGCUUCAGGAGAUGAUCUCAGAGCAGCGCUGGGCACUGAGCAACCUGCUCCAGCAACUACUCAAAGAAAAGGCACAGCGAGAAGAGGAGCUCCAUGACAUCCUGGUGGAAUUAGAAGCCAAGAGCGAAACCAAGCAGGAAAAUUACUGGCUUAUUCAGUACCAGCGGCUUUUGAACCAGAAGCCUUUGUCCUUGAAGCUGCAGGAAGAAGGCAUGGAGCGCCAGCUGGUGGCCCUGCUGGCGGAGCUGUCGGCCGAGCACUACCUGCCCAUCUUUGCCCACCACCGCAUCUCGUUGGGCAUGCUGAGCCAAAUGAGCCCUGGAGACCUUGCUAAGGUGGGUGUCUCAGAAGCAGGCCUGCAGCAUGAGAUCCUACGGAGAGCCCGGAACCUGCUAGAUUCAGCCAGGGUCCAGCCAGAGUUGAAACCAUCCAAAGAUGAGGUCCUUGGUGUCCUGGAGCCCCCUGCAGCCCCUCAGGAGGCUCCCGAGUCAGUGAGACCAUCUGCUCCCCCAGCAGAGCUGGACACGCCAACCUCAGAGUGCGUUGUGUGCCUGGAACGGGAGGCCCAGAUGGUCUUCCUCCCCUGCGGCCAUGUCUGCUGCUGCCAGCAGUGCUGCCAGCCGCUGCGCACCUGCCCACUGUGCCGCCAGGAAAUCUCCCAGCGCCUCCGGAUCUACCACAGCAGCUGAAUGCACAGCCACCUACCAGCGCUGGCCCCUGCUUGGCACCAUCUCCAUCACUGCUGGGCUCCCACACACCCACGUCCACAUUCCCCAGAGGAGGGCAAGACGGUCAUGGCCUUUUGCCACCCCUGCCACCCCCACCGCUUUGAGCUCUAGGUAGGCAGGUGGGGUGUUCCUGGUCUGACGUAGCUAUUCUGGACAGCGAACAGGAGAUGGGGCAUAUCUGCUGGUGAUGUAGCCUUGUGGCUUAGGGACAGGGUCCAGGGUAUGGAGGUGGCCGUGUCACCAGCAGGACUCAGGAAUCCAUGUUACUAGGCGAGCCUUAGUGUCACACCCAGCUGUCUGUCCCUUCUGAAGGGGUCUGUAUCUGUGGAGUGCACCAGCCAUCCUGGCCUGAGGUGGGACAGUGUCCCUGGGGAGGGUGGCUGUGCAGGACCACUCCCCGGUCCUCUGCUGCUGCUUUCUUGAAUACCUGUCCUCCCAUAUCUGCAUCCUCAGCCCUCACGGGCAGGUUGACUCAAAGUAGGAACACCAAUAAAUCUGAGUUCCUCCCUGAA